GUGUGUGUCAGGGUUAUUAUCGUAAACGAAAACGAACGAAAUAACGAAAACUGAAAGUGAAAAAACAUUUUCGUUAACUGAAAUAAAUAAAAACUGUAAUUAAAAUAAAAAAACGGUAACUAACUAGAACUGUAUUGAGAGUUUAUAAAACUAACUAAAACGUACUAAAAUUAUAGAGAGAAUGCCCUUCGUUUUCGUGUUAAUCAGUUUAUUUAUACGCUGCCGUAUAUUAUGGACUGAUAUGGACUUGAUUGUUUCCACUCGAGCCGUUUUAGUUGCCGGCACCGCACAGCACUUGUUUACCUUGUGCUCACAACGUUAGUUCGCCGCAAUAUGGCCACAGCAAAAGUUGGGAGAAAGCGUCAGAGUCCAAUAUGGGAUUUCUUUGAAUAUGACUGCGAGAAAGACAAGAGCAAGUGUCUCGUAGUGGAAACCGGCGACAAAAUAUGUGGUGUACUUCUCAAGGGGAAGAACCCCACGAAUCUCAAGGUCCAUUUGCGAAGCUCGCACAAGAAGGCUAAUUGUGAGUACCUAGACAAGCUAGCCUCUCUGAGUAGCUUCGCUGGAAGAGAAUCCACAUCCCAGCCCGGCAGCUCCGGUAAGGAAACAACAAUAAUGGACUGCUUUCAGCGUCGACAAAGCUGCUGGUUAGUUAAUACGCAGGAACACUGCAAACGAGAAGAUGCAUUAGUAAAUAUGUUUAUUGAGACUGGGAUGUCCACACGACUGUGUGACUUGAUUGCCUUCAAAAAGUUUACCGUUUCGCUUGAACCAAAAUUCAAGUCACCCGGUGCUGCAAGAGUGAAUAACCUUAUUGGUGCGAAAAUGGAAAAGGCAAAGCACAAACUGAAGGAGAUCAUAAAGGACGCAAGGAAGCUGACCCUCUGUGUAGAUGGUUGGAGCAAGAGAGGAUUAACUGCAUCUUUCAUGGGUGUGUCAGCAUGUUUUUAUCAUCCACCCAGAGGCCAGGUUCAUCAUGCUCUGCUUAACCUACACCGAAUAGAGCACCCACACACCGGGGAGUGCAUUGCUCGCUGCAUUGGUGAGACAUUAGAGGCAUGGGGUAUAGGAGAUGACAAGGUGCUGCUCAUUGUGACAGAUAACGGCUCCAACAUAGUCAAAGCUGUGCGGCUGCUUAGGGAUAGAAGCCAAAAACAAAGUAAGGAGUCCCCAGAUGGAUCACGGGCUCAGCCAGGAGGUGCUGGAGAUGGCCUGGAUGAACUGUGGGUCGAAUCAGAAUCCGAGGAGACUGACGAGGAGGAGACUGACGAGGAGGAGGAGAUUGGAGAGACUGGAAACCUGGAACUUAACCUGCCAGAUGAUGGUGAGAACAGCAAGUUCCAGAGGAUGCCAUGCCUGGCCCACACCCUUCAGCUCACCCUGAAAGAUGCCAUCAAGCACCCAAAUGCUGAUGUGCUCAUAUCAAGAGCAAGAAAGCUGGUACAUGCUGUGAGGAAAUCGUCAGUAGCAAAUGAAGCAAUAAUCAAAAAGUGUGGCAAAACUCUGGUCCGAGAUUGUAGCACACGCUGGAACAGCACUUUGGAUAUGCUGAUAAGACUGCUGGAGAUCAGAACUGAACUAAACCAAGUACUUGAGGAGUUGGGCAUGGACACACUUCUUACAAGCGAUUGGGCUAAGAUAGAAAACCUGGUCAAGCUCCUUGAUCCCUUUGCCAUUCACACAGACCAGCUUCAGGGGGACAGCCAGUCACUCUCACACGUGGUGCCAUGCCUGCUCAACCUUGAGGCACACCUUCUGACAACUACUGCUGCUGGGAAGCAGUUAGCGCAAGUGCUGCUGAAGUCCUUACGAGAACGUUUUGCUGCCAUUCUUAGCCCGGAUUCCCCACACUUUGAUGCUACCCCAGCAGCAGCCUGCCUAUUGGAUCCAAGUGUUUCGCUGAUUCUUCAAACACCAGACAUGGUGCCACUGAGGAGGGCAGCACAGUCUUUAGUAGAGACACUGGCAGCUCAGUACAACCCAGCUACUGCUCCUCAGGAUGUCCCUGCCACUCAAAAUGCAGUAGACUCCCCUCCUACUGUCCUCCAGAAAUACCGCUUCCUUGCAUCUCGUAUGGAGGUCAAUGUGUCAUUGACAAAUCAACCUGAUGGGACUGACAGCCUCUUGACCGAAAUGAAGAAGUAUGUUGAUGACAUAAAACAGUGUCUUUAAUGAGACACCACUGCAGUUUUGGAGAUCAAAGGAGGCUGUCUAUCCAAAACUUGCACCUGUGGCACUGGAUCUGGUUAGUGCCCCUGCCUCACAAGCCUUUGUGGAGCGCAUAUUCUCUGUGUGUGGUCUGUUGUCAUCUGGCCUGAGAAACAGAACAACCACAUCUUUGGAGCAGCGUGUUUUCCUCAAGAUCAACAAGAAAUUGUUGAUUGACUGAAGUAUACCAAUUUAUCUCUCUCUGUCUGUUCACUUUUUGAUGUUAAAUACAACAAGCAAGGUUACUUCUACUGCACUGAUAUCCCCAAAAGUUGUACCUGCAUCUAGUUAUUGGCAUUCCACUUUGUAAUGUAUUAUUGAGUUUGUAAUUUUGGUCAAAAAGCUAAGUUUUUGAGUUUAUUUUUCUCAGAUUGAGCUUCCUGAUGCAAGUCUCAUUAAUAAGUUUAUAUUUUUAUGUUCAUAUGUGUGCUUAGUCUGCUGGUUGUUUUCAGGAGCAGUAUUACACAUAUUUUGCACUUAAGGCUGACAUUUUGUGGACUGUUGUUCAACAGUAAUUGAAUACAUUUUUUAAAUGGUA